CAGGAUUUGCUCAGGCUGAGUCCCUAUUGAAUGAGCACAUUACUCAAAUGCUUCAACAAACUGCAGCAGAUAAUGAUGAUGGGGAAAAGAGAGAUGAGACAGAUUUAUGUGGAGGCUAUGAGAGUGAGGACCUUGAAAGUGUCCCCACUGAUAGUGAGCAGGAAGGGAUUCCUAGGAGAAGGUUUGAAAGAUUCAAUGAGGAUGACAUGGGCCCAGAUUUCAAAUUCACAUUGGGUAUGGAGUUUAUAUCACUUACACAGUUCAAGGAAGCCCUCACUGACUACUGUAUGAAAAAUAACAGGGAAUAUAAAUUCAAGAAGAAUGACAGUAAGAGAUGCAGGGUUGUAUGCUUGAGUGAUGGCUGUCCAUUUGUGAUCUUAUGUAGCAAAGUUGGAAACAAACAGACUUAUAGAAUCAAAACUCUUAAGGGAGAGCACACAUGUGCAAGGGUUUUUGAUAAUAAGUCUGCCAAUGUUAGAUGGGUGAAGAAAAAUUUGUUGAACAAAAUCAGGACUGUAAACAAAAUUAGCACCAAUGAGAUUGUUGAUGAUUUCAGGGUAAAUCUGGGAAUUGGAAUUACCAGAUACAGAGCUUGGAAAGGUAAGAAGUUGGCAACUGAGGAGGUUGAUGGAGCUGCUGAAAUGCAAUAUACUUUGCUUUGGAGAUUCAGCAAUGAGUUGAGAAGGAGGGAUGCAGGUAACACAUGCAAAAUCAACUUUGUGACACCAAGAGCUAGCUUGCAUCCUAGGUUCCUCAGAUUUUAUAUGUGCUUAGAAGGGUGUAAGAGAGGGUUUCUGGGGGGAUGUAGGCCAUUUAUUGGCUUGGAUGGAUGUCAUCUGAAAACAAAACAUGGAGGGAUCCUUUUGUCAGCUGUAGCUCGUGAUCCAAAUGAGGAAUACUUCCCCCUUGCCUUUGCUGUGGUUGAAUCAGAGAACAAGGACAGUUGGAGGUGGUUUAUGGAGCUGUUGAUGGAUGACAUUGACCCUACAAGGUCAAGUAGAUGGUGCUUUAUCUCAGACCAACAAAAGGGUUUGAUGGAAGUCUUCAAAGAAGAGUUGCUCCAAGGUUGUGAUCAUAGGCUGUGUGUGAGACACCUGUAUGCAAAUUUGAAGACAAAGUUUGGUGGUGGAGUUCUUUUAAGGAACCUGAUGAUGGCAGCCGCAAAAGCUACAUAUGAAGAAGAAUGGAGGGAGAAAAUGCAGCUCAUUAAGGAAAAGAAUCUGCUUGCCUUUGAAUGGUUGAUGGAGAAACCAACAUCUUCUUGGUGCAGGCAUGCAUUUAGCAUUUGGCCCAAGUGUGAUGUCAUCAUGAACAACCUCUCGGAGUCCUUCAAUGCUGCAAUUAUUUUGGCCAGAGACAAACCUAUUCUCACUAUGAUGGAGUGGAUUAGGACCUAUGUCAUGGGGAGGUUUCCAAAGAUGAUGGAGAAGCUUAACAACUGGACAGGUCAGAUUAUGCCAAAGCCACUUAAAAGAAUAGGAUUUGAGGUGGGAAAGAGCAAGAACUGGAUUCCUAGGCAAGUGGGAAAUGAGAAGUUUGAAGUUCGUCAUGCUCACACUUUGCAGAGGCAUGUUGUAAGCUUGAGGGAUAGGAAAUGCAGCUGCAAAUUCUGGGAGAUCAAUGGCUUUCCUUGCAGGCAUGCAGUGUGUGGAAUUAACUUCAAGGGUUAUGAUCCAAAGAGCUAUGUUGAUGAUUGUUACAAAAGAGGUGCUUUCAGGGCUACUUAUGAACAUGAAAUCACUCCACUUCCUGGCCCUGACCAGUGGAUUGUGACACCAAAUGACCCUGAGUGCAUUCUGCCACCACUGUUUAAGAGAGGUGCAGGGAGGCCCAAAAAAUUGAGAAGGAGGGACCCAUAUGAUGACCCUAAUCCAAACAAGUUGAAGAGAGGAGGUGCUUUUGUGAGGUGUAGCAGGUGCAACCAGUAUGGACACAAUAAGAAAGGCUGCAAAAACCCAAUUGAAGAAGAGAUAGAGAUAGAUGCAGCAGAGCUUGAUGCCCAGAUGGAUGCAGUACUGGAGAAAUUGUUGGAGACUGAAUCACAACAGGCCACUGCAGCUCCAGCUCCAGGUGAUGAAACACACCAACCAACAACUGGUCAGAAUAAGAAAGAGAAAAAAGGUAAUAAGAGGUGCAGUGUGUGCAAGCAAUAUGGUCACUAUAAGACAAGUUGUAAGAAAUACCCAAAGAAAACCCCCAAUGAACCAAUUUCUCUACCUGGGAUUGUGAUAAGGGAACCAACUUCUGCUACUGUCCAAGUCCCUCACAAUAAUGGAAAACAGAAAGAAAAGGUACCUGAAAUUCCUAGAUCUUUUGAUGAUGGCUGCAUUAAAAGCAAAUAUAUAGCUGCACUAAUUCAUGACAAUGGAGGGGCGACUACUUCAUGUUCUAUGGUUGAAAAUCCUGAACCUGGCAGCUCAGAUCCAGCAGGUUCUGUAGCAGAUGCAGGACAUCAAAUGGAAAUAAUAGAAGAAGAAGGUGGAGGAAAUGUUCCAACACAGUGCAGUGUUGUGAUGGACAACACCCUUGGAGGUUCAACUUGA